GCUGAUUCAGUGCGGGGCUCUGAGGACAGACAGCCCCGGUCAGAGCAGCAGCUCCCACCGGACACAAAGAGCUGCGAUCCCGGAGAGAAGAUCAGGGGCCUAUCACCCACCUGGAGGGAUCUAUCUCGGGAGGGACCUCUCCAGGCAUCACCCCGCUGGGAAGACCGGUCGCUCCGGUGUUCGCAUCCUCUGACUGAUUACCCCGUUUAGGGUACAUAUCGGACUAUCUGACCCCUGAUCAUGCUGCGCUUUGGGCUCCUGGUGCUGCUGUCCUGUGCGGGACCUGCGGCUCUACUGCCCACCUUCGGGGGGCGCUGCCCUGCGCGCUGUGACCCGUCUUCCUGCCCCCCGGCCCCGACCGGCUGCUCGUCCGGGGAGACGGCUCUGCGCUGCGGCUGCUGCCCGGUGUGUGCGGCCGGCGAAGGGGAGCGCUGCGGAGAGGGGGCCGGGGAUCCGCUGUGCGCCUCUGGGCUGCGCUGUGUGAGGAGCGGGGGGAGCGGUGCCCAGCGGGUCUGCCAGUGCCCUACAUCCCAGCCAGUGUGCGGCAGCGACGGCAAGACCUACAGCAACCUGUGCCGGCUACAGGCGGAAAGCAGAGCGGCGCAGAGCCGGGGAUCAGCGACCAUCAUCCCCAUCCAGAGAGGGGACUGCCAGCAAGGACAGAAGGACCCUGACAGCCCGCGGUACAAAUACAACUUCAUCGCUGAUGUUGUGGAGAAGAUCGCGCCAGCUGUUGUGCACAUCGAGCUCUAUCGCAUGCAUCCGUUUUUCAAGCGUGAGAUCCCUGCAGCAAGUGGAUCCGGUUUCAUUGUAUCUGAAGAUGGCUUGAUUCUUACCAGUGCCCACGUGGUCACCAACAAGCAUAGACUGAAGGUGGAGCGUAUUGAUGGGUCAACCCACGAUGCUAAAAUUAUUGAUGUGGAUGAAAAGGCAGAUAUCGCUCUCAUCAAAAUCAAACCAAAGGAUAAGUUGCCUGUGCUUCUUUUGGGUCGCUCUGAAGAUCUCCGUCCUGGAGAGUUUGUGGUUGCCAUCGGCAGUCCAUUCUCCCUUCAGAAUACUGUGACAACUGGCAUUGUGAGCACCGCGCAGAGAGGUGGGAAACAACUGGGUCUGCCAAACUCUGACAUGGACUAUAUCCAGACAGAUGCCAUCAUUAAUUAUGGGAAUUCUGGAGGUCCGCUUGUGAAUCUGGAUGGUGAAGUAAUUGGCAUAAAUACACUGAAGGUCACCGCGGGGAUCUCAUUUGCUAUCCCAUCCAAUAAAGUCCGCAAAUUCUUGGCAGAGUCGCAUGACAGGCAAUCCACAGGUCAAGGCAUUAAAAAGAAAAAGUAUUUGGGGAUCCGGAUGAUGUCACUUAGCCCAAGCAAAGUGAAGGAACUGAGGGAGCAGCUGAAGGAUUUUCCAGAUGUGACCUCUGGAGCUUAUAUUGUCGAAGUGCUUCCAGAUACCCCGGCAGAGGAAGCUGGACUGAAAGAAAGUGAUAUAAUAAUCAGUAUUGGUGGCCAGACCGUGAUUUCGAGUAGCGAUGUCACUGAAGCCAUUAAGCAAGAAGGCACCCUCCGUAUGGUUGUGCGUCGAGGCAAUGAGGACAUUGCGAUCUCUGUGAUACCCAAGGAAAUGGAUUUAUAAUGGCAGAAAUGAGCCGGUUUUCAUACAUCUUCCAGUCAAUAGAUCCAUUUAAUGACAAUUGCUACGAGAGCACGAUGUGUGUGAAAACUGAGACUUGCAGCCUUGACACCCCAAUGCUUCCUAUGCUGCUUUAAAUAGCUCUUUAGCACUAUUACACAAUAUGCUUCAUUUCCAUGACACAUCGUGCUGGGUUAUAGUGAAGUCAAAUCUUGCUUCAAUGAAAAAAAAUCUCUUAUUUAACUUUAAUUGAAUGUGGAUAUUAUGCAGAGUUAAAUAAUAUAGAAUUGCUAUGGUUUUCUUAAAGUUCUGGAAAUUCUGCUUAAAGGGAUACGUUCUGCCCUCAGAGACAGGUCUCUGACACUUACUCAUGAAUUUGCCUUAAAAAAAGACACUGGUAUUUUGUUUUUUGUUCAAUGCCCUUUUCAAGGUCAAUAAUAAACAAUAUUCCAAUUUUUGCA